CGCGGCGCCAAUGUAAUCCCUUGUUAGAGGGGUAGCACAUGGGACAUUCGCCCUGGUUCAAAUCCUCAAAUGUAGUACUGAGCGGCCUGUCGGCUUUGCCCGGCGUGGGAACUUGACCAAUUUCCAGAGCGUGGGUCUCAUCCAGUCUAUAUCAUAGCCUCCUGAAGCGUUUCUGAGCCAUGGAUCAUCCCAACUUUCAUGUUGUCAUCGUCGGUGGCUCGAUUGCAGGGUUAACUCUGGCACAUUGUCUACAGCGAGCCAACAUCAGCCACGUUGUGCUUGAGAAGGGGAAAGAAAUCGCUCCACAGUUAGGAGCGUCAGUCGCCAUUUUUGCCAAUGGAGCACGGAUUCUUCAGCAGCUUGGUAUCUAUGAAGAUAUUGAACGGGAGAUCGAGCCUAUAGGACUUGUCCAUGCGAUUUACCCUGAUGGCUUUUAUUAUAACACCAGAUAUCCUGAUGAUUUAACGAAAAGAUUUGGUUAUCCCAUCUCUUUCCUCUCUCGUCAGAGGUUCUUGGAUGUUCUGUACAAAACCUACCCCGAUAGUUCCAGAAUUCUCACAGGCAAGAGGGUCACUGAGAUUCGCCAUCUGGAUCAUGGCUCUUGCGUGAUAACAGAAGACGGGUCAGUCUACCAGGGAGACCUGAUUGUCGGUGCCGACGGAGUCCACAGUCGAGUGCGGUCGGAGAUUUGGAAGCAAGCAGAGCAAGAGCCUGGGCGGAUUAUAGCAAAAGAGAAGUCAAGUAUGAUGGCGGAGUUUGUAUGUGUUUUCGGCAUGUCAUCCCCCGUUCCUGGCCUUCACGCCGGAGAGCAGACCAACGUCUUCUUUGACGGACUCACCAUUGCCACCAUCCAUGGUCAGAAUGGUCGCUUGUUCUGGUUCUUCGUCAAAAAGCUUGACCGGAAAUAUCCCUAUGCAGACAUGGCUCGGUUUUCAAACGACGACGCAGCGCAGUUCUGCAGCCAGAUUGAAAACGUGCAUAUUUUGAACGGCGUCUACGUUCGAGAUGUCUGGAAAAACCGAACGGCCGUUUCAAUGACUGCUCUAGAAGAAUCCUUACUUGAGACAUGGCACAGUGAUCGAAUGGUGCUUAUCGGCGACAGUAUUCAUAAGAUGACAAUCAAUGCCGGACAAGGAGCAAACAUGGCUAUCGAGGAUGCUGCUUUCCUAGGCUCGCUGAUUGAAAAGCUCGUCCGUACCACAUCGCCCCGAGGGCCCUCAACUCUCGACAUCAGCCGCACCCUCGAAAAAUACAAGAAAGGGCGGUAUGAUCGGGUGAAAAGCGUCUACAACGUCUCAUGGCAUGUCGCUCGGAUUCACGGACGCGCUGGACUCCUGUACUCCCUCAUCGGCCGGUACUAUAUUCCCUACAAGAAAGAUCUGCUGGCGGAUAUGACUUCGAAGGUCAUGGCAGAUGCGAACUUGAUCGAGUUUCUUCCGGUGCCGAAACGGUCGGGACCGGGCUGGGAGAAGUACAGUAGUAAGAGAGGUGGGAUGUCGCAGGUUCAAUGGCUCAUUUUGUUCGUGCUUGUGUUGGCGUUCGUCUGGGUGUUCCGUGGUCUGGGGGGUAGAAUGCCUCUCGACCGACUCUUGAGUCCCUUGCCCAGGUCUGAGUAGUUUGUUGCUGUGAAGCUUUUCUUUGUCUCUGGGUUAGUAGGUCGGUAGUAGUUGAUAUCAGGAGGAAGAUCUACUGGGUGAG